CCAAGAUGGCGGCUGUGACUGGUCUCCGAGCAGUUUCGGCUGGUUAGGAAUCACUGACGAAAUGUUCCUCUUUCUUCAAGAAUUGAGGAAGAAGAUCGGUAAUAUUUCCACCCCGUCCGAUGACUUACAAUGACUGGAUAGGUAGCCAGGAUGUGCCUUAUCUUGCUGAUUGCGUCCUUGCAUUUCGGCUCAGGAGAACGGACUAGUAGUGUUGUAAUUAUGCAAAUGAGAUGCUAUUGACGUCAACUCUGAGAUCUUAUACCCGCCUGAUUUGUUUGUUUUAGUUGGUCGUACCCCUUUUGGUAUGUCAAUUAUCUUCCGGGGCACUUCAACAGCUCAGUCCGGACACCGUUCCGACUAGACACCAGUGGCAGUGGGUCCGUUGCUUGACUUCAAACCCUUCACACUUGGGACUUGGGCGUCAUACCCGUUUUGUCUACACGUUGUUGUCUACACCUCCAUAUGUACAUGUAGGAGCUACGCUUUUUCGUCACUGUGAAGCAUGAGUGCAGGGGGCGCUAUGAAUAACCAGAAUCCUCGACGACGGAAAAGGCCUGAGAAGGGACCUGGUUCCAAGUUUCUCGGAGAGAAACGACGUCGUGAGCAGGAGACAUCGUACCUGGAGGAGCUCGCUGAGCUGAUAACGGCUAACUUGAACAACCCGGAGUCUCUGAACAUGCUUCCAGAUAAACGGGCCUUCCUUCUAGACUCUGUCAAUAAGAUCAAGCGGAUACGCCUGCAACAACAGCAAGACCUGGAGCAAGGUAGUGAAGUUCAACACAGCCAUGUUUCAUCCAGCAAGCCAGGAAUGCUGUCUGGAGAUUCACUGAGUACCAACUUAUUGGAGGCCAUGGAUGGAUUUUUAUUUGUGGUAAACAGCUUGGGAGAAAUUGAGUUUGUGACAGAGAAUGUUAAGAUGUACCUCAACUUCAAGCAGGAAGAUCUUAUUGGCUCCACCAUCUAUAGUUUCAUCCAUGUUGGGGAUCAUAGUCAGUUUACCAGCUGUCUCCAUCCAACAGCGACUUCAGCUGGUAUUUGGUCUCAAGAUUCCAGCUCACAGAACAGUCGUAACCGCUCUUUCACCUGCCGCAUGCUUACCAAGUCAGUUGACGAAGAAGACAAUACGCAAGAACAGCACUACGAGAAUUUGAGGUGUUCCGCCAUCUUGAAACCUAAAGAAGACGGUCAGUCUUCCAACUCGGCGGAAAGUGAUACACCCGCCCAUCUUGUCUGUAUCGCAAGUCGCGCCAUGGUGGACGACUGCAGUAACAUGAUGUUAGGGAACGGAGAGGAGUUUACCACGAGCCUAGACCUGACGGCGACCAUCACAACCGUUGAUCUAACCCACCUGAAGCCACCCCACUACAGCAAGGAGGAGCUUGUUGGGCAGAUCAUCUAUAAGUUCUGUCACGGCAGUGACAGAGCGGAGCUGAAGAAACACUUUGACGAAGCUUUGGAGAAGGGAACCAGUUCAAGUUCGAUGUACCGCUUCCAGAUUUACACGGAUACCUGGGUGCGCGUGCAGACUACCAGUCGAGUGUAUCGAAACCAUCACAGUGGCAAACCAGAGUGUUUGGUCGCUGUACAUACCGUCAUAAGGGAUGAAGCUCAGUUCGGUCCCAGUCAGAUCAAGCCAGCCAGUAUGUCUGCUAAUAACAUGUCAGCGAUCGCCUCCACCAGUACAAAUGAAAAAACCAACCGCAUCCUGGAAGCACUGUCCAGCAUCAGCAACAGCAGCGGUAACAAAUCCCUGUCUGGGAACCUCGGUGGCUUAAAUCUUAACACUCUCAAAACCUUAAUGAUGAAACGUCAGCAGCAGCAGCACAUGCAACAGCAACAGCAGCACAUGCAGCAACAACAGCAGCAAGGCAUGGGAUUGAACAGCAACAAAGCCAGCACCAGCGGGAUGGGUAACCCUAACCCGACCAACCCAAACAACGCUCAGGAUGUUUUGGACUCCCUAAAGAGAUCCUCUCUGUCGAACAUGCUGCAGGUCACUGAUGUCCGGAACCGUAACGGCGCCAUGGAGACGUCGAGCGUUUACCCCGUCGCUUACAGCAACACUGGGGAUCGCCACCCCGUACCCGAGAAGAUCCAACGAUUGGAUCGCAGUCCCUCGGACUCGAACAUAGCAUCCUCGACUGAACGCAACGAUAGGAUGCAUGGUGACAAGGGCGAUGACGGUGACGUCUUCCUCCCAGAACACUCCAAUCACAAAAAAGGGCGGUACCAGGAGAAGGGUCGACCUACUGGAGGUGGCGAGGGGUCAGGGAGUGGCCAGGCCGACGGGACUAGCCCCAAUCUCAGUCCCGAUACCAACGAAGAGGAGAAGGACAGUACACUGAGUAAGAACACACUCCUUCAAAAGCUACUUCAGGAUGACGGCGAAGAAGACAAGACCGAAGAAGAUGGCGAAAGCAGCAAAGGCAACUCACCAAUGUGCGCUGAGCACAAGAACACCUUGGAGGAAGAGGUCAAGAUGGAUGAGAAGGCAUUCAGCAAACUCUUAAAAUCGGAAGGAACCGGCGACAAAUCUGCGAAAGCCGACAAGAGCGAAGACGAGAUGGAUUCGAGCGCCGAAUCGCCCAAGGAAGGAGAUGGGACAAGUAGAGUACGCAGAAAAUCAAUCGAGCGGGAGAAUACAAUCUUAAGUAAACUGCUGGACGGUGACACGCAGUCGAUGUUUGGUAGCGGGAAGCUGCCGAAUGAGCAGCCAGGUUUUGUUUGUAGUAACGUUGUGUCGACAACUACAGCGCUGCAAAAAUCAGAGCAGGAAAUGGAGAAGAAUCCCUCCUGCAAGAGUGAUAAGAAUAUGGAAGGUGUUGGUGCCGCAGGUGGCAGCAAUGGACCUAAGAAACGGAAGAAUGUACUCUUGCAGAAACUCCUGAUGGAGGACGUACCACCUUUAGACAAGGUCCCGAAUGAGACUACGUGCCAGGAAAGCACAACCUCCCCAACAGUCACAACCACCAAACCAGGCAUGUCGGGCGGACAACCAUCAAACAUUGAAGACAAUAGCGUGGAUAGUUUCGGCAAUGAUGACGAUUCUGUGGUACAGCAUCUCCUGCAUGGUAGUCUACCCGAUGAGGUGGACACCAGUCAGCCAAACAUGAUCAUGGACUUCUUAAAGGAGCUUGAGAAUGUCCCCGACCCAACCCAAGACUCUGCCCUCAUGCACCACCUGUUGAACCCGUCUGAGAGCAGUGGCCCAGCUCAAAACAGAUACCCACCAAAUAGUUCCUCUGUUGGGGUCCCGUCCCAGAACAAUCAGUACAAGGUGCCCAUGGGUCCUGAAUCUCUUCCAGGACCUGGGCCCCACCAGAGACCCGACAGUAGUGGCAACAUGAACAAUCCUUCCCUGCUAGGCCAAGGGGUCGGGCAUGACUCCAGUAGUACCAUGCACCACGGGAUGCCUUCUGGUAUGAACUCGCAGCACCGGCCUCCCGUUUCCAGGACCAACUCCAGGGAUUCUUUUACCGGUGGCAGUGGUGGGAUGCACCAGAACAGCAACAACUUUGGUCGGUUUGGUUCUCAGCAGCAGGAGAGUUUCAGUAUGGAUGGUAUGCAGAAUGUGAUGCCACCUAACCAGACAGCACCCAUGCAGAAGUCAAUGUCCCAGUUGCAUCUAUCUGGAGGUGGCCAGCAGCAGAAUCCAUUCGAGUUGGAUCCGAUGCAGCAGGAUGUCAGCUUACCUGGUAACACCAGUGAAGAGCAAGGUUUAUCCGAAGAGGAUGUCACCUUACUGCAGCAACUAGAACAGGUCCUGAACAGCGGAACGUUCCCCCUUCCAGAGUUAGAAAACAACUUCGCCGCAGACCGCCCCCCGGUGAGCAGCAUGGACAUGCAGCAUGACAGCAACAUGCUGCAGAGCAUGCUGAACAGUCAGCCGCAGACGACGCAAGCACAGCAUGCCAAUAACUAUCCAACCUCAUCAGGAGGUGGUAUGGGGAUGCAGCAGCAGCAGCAGCAGCAGCAGCAGGCACCACAACCGCAGCAGCAGAGAGGUCGGCAGCAGGCACAACCACAGCCGAAGCCCCCACAGCAGCAGCAACAGCAUCCUAUGAUGGGUAUGGGUAGGCCUACAGGCGGGUCUCGGAUGGGACAAGGUCCGAUGCCUGAUAUGUCAGCAAUGAUGGGACCUGGAAUGGCUGCACCUACGGGUCAGCCACGAUUUCCGCAGCAGGGACAUCCAUCACAGCAGCAGCAACCACAGCAAACUGCAUCACAACCAAUGCAGUUCAAUCAAAUGAACUCAAUGCAGCAACAACUGCAGCACCAGCUUCAACAGCAGCAGCAUGGUCCGACUCCUCCCCAUUCCAUGCCGCAGCAGCAGAUGUCGCCUGUUGCGAAGCAGCCCCAACCACCUAUGAGCAGCGCCCCGGGAAGUUUUGUCCGGCCGCACUCCACCAAACAGCUGCGCCACACAAUACUGAUGAGAUCCCGAAUGAAGGAGCAACAACAACAACAACAACAACAGCAGCAGCAGCAGCAACUGCAGCAGCAACAGCAGCAGCAACAACUCCAGCAACAGGCUCAGCAGCAACAGCAGCAGCAACAGCAACAGCAGCAUAGACAAUGGCAAAUCCAACAGCAACGGCAGCAGCAACUGAUGCGCCAGCAGCAGAUUAACGCUGCGGCCGUCGCUGCAAACCAACAGCAGAUGAGCGGCAACCAGCAACAGCAGCAGAUGGGUUCAGGGCCCAUCUUGCCGCAGCAGGUCGCCAACAACCCCAUGAACCCUUUGCAGCAGAAUCAACGUCUGAUGCAGCAGCAGAAGAACUUGAUGAUGCUGCAGCAGCAGCAGCAACAGCAGACGUUUACUGGGCCGCAGGUUGAGGGUGGUGUAUUCCCCCCGAUGGAUACGCAAGCUUUCCAGGAGAAACUGAGUGACGUCUUGAACCCUACAGCCGGGGCACUGGCCCCUAAUGUUAGUAUACAGAAAUCUCCCGGUCCUUACGGACCGCAAAUGUCCUCGAUGGGAAACCGUCCCAUGGGGCCAGGGAAUCAGAUGAUGGGCGGAGACAGUCGGCAACAGAUGGCAAUGAAUCAACCAUUCCCGGGGCAGGCUGGAGCCAAUCGUGGGGGUGCGGGCACCGCGGGUGGAGACUUCAUGUUCAACAGCCAGAUGAUGUCCCAGGGGCGAGGGACUCAACUCAGUGGCCCCGGUUAUCAAGGCGGGAUGGGGCACAGUACCAGCGCCCCGAACGUCUUCAACUUCCAGGAGUUCAACAACCCUGGCGGGAUUCCCGGCGGGAUGUCUGGCGGGGUUCCCGGCGGGAUGACCGGAGGGAACAUGCCGGGGGGUAAACCCCAACACAUGAUGCCUAAUUCAGGCAUGAUGGGACCCUCGCAGCACCAGCCGGGCAUGGGGGUAAACCCAAGUAUGCCGGGACAGCAUAACAUUGGCAUCAACCCAAACAUCCAACGUCCGAAUCUCGCCGCCGGUGGCAACCCUCGACAGCAGGCGCCGACUCUCACCAGAUCGAUGAGCCUUCCUACAACAAACAUGAUCUCUGGUAACAAUCCUGGCGGCAACCCUCCAAACCGCGUUAACCAGUACCACAUGCCGCAGCAUCAACAACAACAACAACAACAACAGCCUGGCUUUCCUGCUGCCGGGUUCCGUGGUAAUCAGACCGGGGGGAUGCAGCCUCACUUUCCAGGCAACUCCAUGGGAAUGCAGCCCGGUCAGAUGAGUAACACCACGGCCCCCAUGUUCUCCUCACCGGCAACGACUUCCCAGAUGAGAUGGAGCGGACCCAAUGGAGGUAUGACCAGAGGACAACAACCCCACCAAGGACAGAUGUUUCCUGGGCCAGGAGGAGGGCCUGGAGGAGGGCCCGGGGGAGGGCCGCAAUCCAGCGAGAUGCUAAGAGGAAUGGCCAACUCUGGAGGAGGGGGAGGCGGAACCCAAGAGUUACAGAAUAUGAUGAACAGGAGGCUGAAGAGAGGGGAUAGCCUUCCUGCUAAUCCUAACAUGAUGCAGGUCAGAAAAGCAACAAAACCAACGAACCCACCGAAGUACUCCCUCCAGGGGGCUGUCAACCCCUCCAUCGCCGUCCCGCCCAAUCUGACUGGACAGAACUCCAUGAAUCUAGGUCAGCAACCCUCGGGGGAAGUACCAAACCCGAGUAACUCCUACCUCGGUACUAGCGCUAGCAAUAACAGCGGCAAGAACAGGUGCCCCGUCCCUGGGACCAGCCCCUCCAAUUUGGACAUGCUCAGUAUGUCCAUGGAGAUGUUUGAACCAGAGUUUCCGAAGUCCGAUGGUCAGAAUCCAAUCGCCAGCUCCACCACCAAUCCCACCAGUCAACCAGACAGUACCAGCGCAGGUCCAUCCCGGCCCGGCCCUGGUGUCGAUCCUCUCAAACCCUACGCUGAAAUGCAAUCCAAUGAAGAGGCUAAACUACGAUAUCAGGUACCAGACGAAUUUUAUAAGAUAUCGGGGGCCCAGACAGCACCAGACGCCUGCACCAGAGUCACUAAUCUCUUUCGGAACCAACUGACCGGUCAGCCUCUACCCGGACAGGGUAACGGGCGAGGGGUUGGUGGGCCACAAGGUAUGGGGAACGCCCCUGGUAUGGGAGGACCCGGGAUGCAGGGGGGCGGAGUCGGUAAUGGGGGGAUGGUACCGCAGCAGCAACAACACAACCAGCAACAGUUUGGCAAUGAUGAGCAGCAGGAUGGAAUGGACGGUGAUGGUAAAUCCAAUAACAGUCUUUUGCAGAAACUCCUCCUAGAAUGAUUUUAAAAGCAAGGAUCAUCACGAACGGGACACAAAACAGAAACAACAAUUCAUCUACGAAGAUUUCGUAUGGUCGAAAAAUUUUUGGUUUGCUCACAAACGGUAGGGAGUUUUAUAGUCCAUAAUCACAAGUUCGUGGCAAAUUUACAUUCAAUGUUUUAAAUGACACUUUUUUUUUAUUUUUUCAAGAUUUUUUUUAAAAAUGUCGUCUUUGGGGGGGGG